GGAAACAUUUACAUCAAAACAAAAUUUAUAAGUUCGGUUAAUUGAAUCCACUAAAAUUAUGCAUGAUAUUAGCAUUUAUAGAUAAUGGCUACUAAAUUAAAUGUAAAUAUAAGAACUCUCCUAUCCAAUUGCGAAGAGUUAGCGAAAGAUGAAACGAAUUACUGGCGGCUGAAAAAGUUCAUUAAAUCACUUGACACAAUGAUAGAGGAACUAAAGGAAUGUGACGACUUAGGUAGCAACCUAAAAAUUCCAGAUUAUACAAAACGUCUACAUGCCUUGAAAACUCUUACUAAUUACAUUGAUAGUCCUCCGCCCGUAAAAAGCCUAAGAUCUAAACUACGUCCAGGAUAUGAGACAGGAGAUGAUGCACUAAAAGAAAUGCAGCAACUUCAAGGUUCUAAACAUUAUGCUGAUUUACGGAAGGAGCUCUUAAAUGAGGAUACGCUACGACGACGUAAGCCGGACGAUAAUAUUGCCAGCGCAGAAAAUAUGAAUGAGGCUGUAAAAUAUUAUAAUGAAGCACAGGAAAAAAUUACCGAACAUAUGCUGUCCCUGACACGGAACCUCAGAGAGCAAACGGAAACGGCAAAUAGAAUAAUUAAAAAAGACACGGAAAUCGCGUCAAGAUCUACAAAUAUGGCUGAUCGUAAUAUAAACUCAUUGAACAAAGAAACAGAAAAAUUAGCUGAACACUCUCGCAACGCUUGGAAAUGUUGGAUGUGGAUUAUGUUUGCAUUUGUUAUCACUGUAUUCAUAGAUAUAUUUGUGAAUCACUACACUAGUUAUAUGGGUUGGUUUUCAAGUGCUCAAAAAUUUAAGGUUUUUUAUAUAAGCACGAUCGUUCACGUACCCCACAAAAGGUCCAACGGUAUCCAAUCGCAAGCAUCAUCCGGGGAAAAAAAUUGAACCCCUACCCCCUGAGAGUGUAUUGGGAAAAACGCGUUCAUCAAUUGCAGACCGAAAAAAAUCGGUUAUCAUCUUUUUAUAAAUAUGAUUUCAAAUUCAAAUAAAC